GCCUCAUGGAGCAAUGAUCAUAGCAGUUGGUUGUUACGCAGAAGGAUGACUGCUUGUGAUUUGCUAGAGUUUAGCCCCCCCCUCUUUUGUAGGUAACUUAUUACAAGAGUUUGCGGGCGGAGUCGGUUACCAUAAGAGAUAAAUUGUGUGCUGUACAAUAGGAGAGCCGGGUACGAAACUGUCCAUUACUAUUCUGUACCGGGGGACAGUACAGGAAUCGGGUACCUAAACCCAUUAGAUAAUAUUAAUUGAAAAGGGAAAUUAAAAAGGCAAAAAAAAUAUGUCGGCAAAUAAAGAUGGAGACGGUGGAUGGAAGAGCUUUCUGUGGAAUUCGGAAAGGAAGGAAUUUCUAGGACGCACUGGUGGCAGUUGGUUUAAAAUCUUGUUGUUCUACCUGAUCUUCUAUGGAUGCUUGGCUGGGAUUUUCAUUGGGACCAUCCAGGCCCUGCUGCUAACCCUUAGUAACUACAAACCCACCUACCAGGACAGAGUCGCCCCACCAGGUCUAUCCCACACCCCACGCUCUGAGAAGUUUGAGAUCUCUUACAACGUCAACGAUGUGGAGACGUAUCUGAAAUACACCAAGAGCAUCAAGGACUUCCUGGAGAUGUACGAUGAGGAGAGGCAGACCGACCAGAACAAGUACGAAGAAUGUGGAGAUUUACCUGAAUCGUACAGGGACCGUGGUGAGCUGGAGAGUGACGCUGGAGUGAGGAAGGCCUGCAGGUUCAAGCGGACCUGGUUGGGACCCUGUGCUGGUCUGGAUGGUCACGACGAAAACUUUGGCUUCAAGGAUGGGAAACCCUGUCUGAUCGCCAAGCUCAACAGGAUCAUCAACUUCCGACCAAGGCCUCCAACCAACAAUGCCUCCGUCCCUGAAGCCGGCCAGAGCAGAGUCCAGACCAACGUUAUCCCCAUCCACUGUCAGAACAAGAGAGAGGAGGAUGCUAGCAAGAUUGGUGAGAUCAAGUACUAUGGCAUGGGCAUGGGGUUCCCCCUCCAGUACUACCCCUACUAUGGCAAGCUGCUGCACCCCAAUUACCUACAGCCUCUGGUGGCCAUCCAGUUUACCAACCUCACCUUCAACGAGGAGCUGCGUCUUGAGUGCAAAGUGUAUGGAGCGAACAUUGACUACAGCGAGAAAGAUCGCUACCAAGGACGAUUUGACGUUAAGUUCACCAUCAAUUCAUGACCUCAGAAAAACACACUGUUAUCUUCCCACAAUUCAAAACAAGAUGAUUUAGAAAAAAAAUAUAGUUAUAUUAAAACCACGACUAGUCUUGGAACAAACUUUCAUAAUAUACGGGACCUAGAGUCAAUCUGUGUGCAUUACACUGGCUUCCUGCAUAAUGUCUAGGGUUAGAAUGUACUUUACAGGAAGAGUAGCAAUAGCAACAUAUUUAUUCUACUGUAAAUGAGAAGUCCCUGAGCCAUGGGACAUGUUCAUCUCUUACUGUAAAUUGCAAUUCCACUACUGAUAUGUAGCGAGCAGUGUUUCUGUCUGUCCCCCUAAGUAUUCUGCCUACUGUGGUUUCUAUAUACGUUUGGAGUGUCCAGUACAGUAGUGGCAUACAGUGGUCCUUUCCAAGCCAUGUUGUAAUUUCUGUUGUCUUAUGUCAGUAAGCUUUAGUGGUCCAAGGUGUGUUUGUGUUAUAAUGUGAGUGUGUGGAUAUGUGUUAAUGUGCUCUUACUAACUGAAAAUACUGGCAUGGUACGCUCUGAUCUCCAAGUCUGUCAGUAAACGGAUGCACUCCCUGCUUUUCCUGUGUCUUUUUGACUUGAUUGUGGGACAAUAUUUCUACAUGACUCGUUUUCUUUUUGCAUCAACUUUAAUAUGGGACAGACGGUUUAAUGAAAUGUCUUGUUUGAUACUCCUCUCUAUGUUCAAUGCUUCUCCUCCUCCCCUCUCUGUUCAAUGCUUCUCCUCCUCCCCUCUCUAUGUUCAAUGCUUCUCCUCCUCUCUAUGUUCAAUGCUUCUCCUCUCUAUGUUCAAUGCUUCUCCUCCUCCCCUCUCUAUGUUCAAUGCUUCUCCUCCUCUCUAUGUUCAAUGCUUCUCCUCCUCUCUCUAUGUUCAAUGCUUCUCCUCCUCUCUCUCUGUUCAAUGCUUCUCCUCCUCCCCUCUGUUCAAUGCUUCUCCUCUCUAUGUUCAAUGCUUCUCCUCGCUAUGUUCAAUGCUUCUGCUUCUCCUCGCUAUGUUCAAUGCUUCUCCUCCUCCUCUCUCUAUGUUCAAUGCUUCUCCUCCUCCAUGUUCAAUGCUUCUCCUCCUCCUCUCUCUAUGUUCAAUGCUUCUCCUCCUCUCUCUAUGUUCAAUGCUUCUCCUCCUCUCUCUAUGUUCAAUGCUUCUCCUCCUCCUCUCUCUAUGUUCAAUGCUUCUCCUCCUCCUCUCUCUAUGUUCAAUGCUUCUCCUCCUCCUCUCUCUAUGUUCAAUGCUUCUCCUCCUCCUCUCUCUAUGUUCAAUGCUUCUCCUCCUCCUCUCUCUAUGUUCAAUGCUUCUCCUCCUCCUCUCUCUAUGUUCAAUGCUUCUCCUCCUCCUCUCUCUAUGUUCAAUGCUUCUCCUCCUCUCUCUAUGUUCAAUGCUUCUCCUCCUCUCUCUAUGUUCAAUGCUUCUCCUCCUCUCUCUAUGUUCAAUGCUUCUCCUCCUCUCUCUAUGUUCAAUGCUUCUCCUCCUCCUCUCUCUAUGUUCAAUGCUUCUCCUCCUCCUCUCUAUGUUCAAUGCUUCUCCUCCUCCCCUCUCUAUGUUCAAUGCUUCUUCUCCUCUCUAUGUUCAAUGCUGCUUCUCCUCCUCUCUCUAUGUUCAAUGCUGCUUCUCCUCCUCUCUCUAUGUUCAAUGCUGCUUCUCCUCCUCUCUCUAUGUUCAAUGCUGCUUCUCCUCCUCUCUCUAUGUUCAAUGCUGCUUCUCCUCUCUAUGUUCAAUGCUGCUUCUCCUCUCUAUGUUCAAUGCUGCUUCUCCUCUCUAUGUUCAAUGCUGCUUCUCCUCUCUAUGUUCAAUGCUGCUUCUCCUCUCUAUGUUCAAUGCUUCUCCUCCUCCUCUCUCUAUGUUCAAUGCUUCUCCUCUCUAUGUUCAAUGCUUCUCCUCUCUAUGUUCAAUGCUUCUCCUCUCUAUGUUCAAUGCUUCUCCUCUCUAUGUUCAAUGCUUCUCCUCUCUAUGUUCAAUGCUUCUCCUCCUCCUCUCUAUGUUCAAUGCUUCUCCUCCUCCUCUCUCUAUGUUCAAUGCUUCUCCUCCUCCUCUCUCUAUGUUCAAUGCUUCUCCUCCUCCUCUCUCUAUGUUCAAUGCUUCUCCUCCUCCUCUCUCUAUGUUCAAUGCUCCUCCUCUCUCUAUGUUCAAUGCUUCUCCUCUCUAUGUUCAAUGCUGCUUCUCCUCUCUAUGUUCAAUGCUUCUCCUCCUCCUCUCUCUAUGUUCAAUGCUUCUCCUCUCUAUGUUCAAUGCUUCUCCUCUCUAUGUUCAAUGCUUCUCCUCUCUAUGUUCAAUGCUUCUCCUCUCUAUGUUCAAUGCUUCUCCUCCUCCUCUCUCUAUGUUCAAUGCUUCUCCUCCUCCUCUCUCUAUGUUCAAUGCUUCUCCUCCUCCUCUCUCUAUGUUCAAUGCUUCUCCUCCUCCUCUCUCUAUGUUCAAUGCUUCUCCUCCUCCUCCAUGUAGUCUAGAGCAGUGUUUUGUGUCCUGCAGCAGGCAGGGAAGACUAUCUUCCUUCCUUCUCCAUGGAAACACUGACAGCAACUCUUUGUUUUUUAAAACCAACCCUUUUAUUUGCUGGAGAAAUCACAUGACGUGGUGUAACUUUCUAAUGAAUGUUAGUCAUUUUCAUGGUGGAAGAGUUAUAUUUAUGCAGUUGUAUAAAUGUUUUUUCCGCAGGACAAAGUGUAAUGGAUCCGAUACCAAAGUCGCUGGUCAAAAAGUUAGAAUAUCAGAAGCAAUGCAGUACCCUGUGUAAUAGGAGGUUUUGUUGGUGUAAAAGUGAUCAAUGUUGAACAUCCGGACACUCGUCAGGAGUCCAUCUGGGUAAGACCUUAAAGACAAAUAAAUGGAGAAAUGA